GUCCCCGCCUCCUCGGCCGCCGCCUCCGCGGGGCGGGGCCGCAGCCCGGGACCCGCCGCCGCGGCUAUAAAUGGGCUGCUCCGGGGCCGGCAGAGCGCGGUGACAGCCACACACCCCGAGGCCUCCCACCAUGAGCUACACGCUGGACUCGCUGGGCAACCCGUCCGCCUACCGGCGGGUCACCGAGACCCGCUCCAGCUUCAGCCGCCUGAGCGGCUCCCCGUCUAGCGGCUUCCGCUCGCAGUCAUGGUCCCGGAGCUCGCCCAGCACCGCGUCCUCCUCCUACCGGCGCAGCGCGCUGGCGCCGCGCCUCGCCUACAGCUCUGCCAUGCUCAGCUCCGCCGAGAGCAGCCUCGACUUCAGCCAGUCCUCGUCCCUGCUCAACGGCGUCUCGGCCGCGGGCACGGGCGGCGACUACAAGCUGUCCCUGUCCCGCUCCAACGAGAAGGAGCAGCUGCAGGGGCUGAACGACCGCUUCGCGGGCUACAUCGAGAAAGUGCACUCGCUGGAGCAGCAGAACAAGGAGAUCGAGGCGGAGAUCCAGGCGCUGCGGCAGAAGCAGGCGUCGCACGCCCAGCUGGGCGACGCCUACGACCAGGAGAUCCGUGAGCUGCGCGCCACGCUCGAGGCGGUGAACCACGAGAAGGCCCAGGUGCAGCUGGACUCGGACCACCUGGAGGAAGACAUCCACCGGCUCAAGGAGCGCUUCGAGGAGGAGGCGCGGCUGCGCGACGACACCGAGGCGGCCAUCCGCGCGCUGCGCAAAGACAUCGAGGAGGCGUCGCUGGUGAAGGUGGAGCUGGACAAGAAGGUGCAGUCGCUGCAGGACGAGGUGGCCUUCCUGCGGAGCAACCACGAAGAAGAGGUGGCCGACCUGCUGGCCCAGAUCCAGGCGUCGCACAUCACCGUGGAGCGCAAAGACUACCUGAAGACGGACAUCUCGGCGGCGCUGAAGGAGAUCCGCUCGCAGCUCGAGUGCCACUCAGACCAGAACAUGCACCAGGCCGAGGAGUGGUUCAAGUGCCGCUACGCCAAGCUCACCGAGGCGGCCGAGCAGAACAAGGAGGCCAUCCGCUCCGCCAAGGAAGAGAUCGCCGAGUACCGGCGCCAGCUGCAGUCCAAGAGCAUCGAGCUCGAGUCGGUGCGCGGCACCAAGGAGUCCCUGGAGCGGCAGCUCAGCGACAUCGAGGAGCGCCACAACCACGACCUCAGCAGCUACCAGGACACCAUCCAGCAGUUGGAAAACGAGCUUCGGGGCACCAAAUGGGAAAUGGCCCGUCAUUUGCGAGAAUACCAGGAUCUCCUCAACGUCAAGAUGGCUCUGGAUAUUGAGAUCGCUGCGUACAGAAAAUUGCUGGAAGGUGAAGAGACCAGAUUUAGCACAUUUUCAGGAAGCAUCACUGGACCACUGUAUACAUACCGACAGCCGUCCAUCACAAUAUCCAGUAAGAUUCAGAAAACUAAGGUGGAGGCUCCCAAGCUAAAGGUCCAACACAAAUUUGUCGAGGAGAUCAUAGAAGAAACCAAAGUGGAAGAUGAGAAGUCCGAAAUGGAAGAGGCCCUGACAGCCAUUGCAGAGGAAAUAGCAGUUUCCAUGAAAAGAAAGGAGGAAGAAGAGGUGGAAGAAAAGGAAGAGGAGCAAGAAGCUGACAAAAUGGUAGAAACCAAAAAGUCUCCAGUGAAAGCUACUGCCCCUGAAUUUAAAGGAGAGGAAGAGGGAGACAAGGAGGAAGAAGAAGAAGAGGAGGAGGAAGAUGAGGGUGCUAAAUCAGACCAAGCCGAGGAAGGGGGGUCUGAGAAGGAAGGUUCUAGCGAAAAAGAAGAAGAUGAGCAGGAAGAAGGAGAGACAGAGGCAGAAGGUGAAGGAGAGGAAGUUAAAACUAAGGAAGAAAAGAAAACCGAAGAAAAGAGGGAAGAAGUAGUCACCAAGGUGGAGCUGGUGGCAGAUGCCAAGGUGGAAAAGCAGGAGAAGGCCAAGUCUCCCAUGCCAAAAUCCCCCAUGCCAAAAUCGCCAGUGGAAGAGGUGAAGCCAAAAGCAUUAGCUGGAGCUGGGAAAGAUGAGCAGAAAGGGGAAGAAAGGAAAGUGGAGGAAGGAAAGAAAGAAGCAGCAAAGGAAUCUCCUAAGGAGGAAAAGGUAGAGAAAAAGGAGGAAAAGGUAGAGAAAAAGGAGGAGAAGGUAGAGAAAAAGGAGGAGAAAGUAGAGAAAAAGGAAGAGAAGGUAGAGAAAAAGGAGGAAAAGCUGAAAGAUGUGGUAGAGAAGAAAGCUGCUUCCCCAGUGAAGGAGGAAGCCAUGCAGGAGGUGGUGACCAUCACCAAAACCAUAAAGGUGAGCGUGGAGAAAGGUGCCAAAGAGGAGGAGAAGCCUGGGCAGCAGAAGGAGAAAGCAGAAGUGGAGGGAGGGAGCAAGGAGGAAGGUGGUGAUCAAGGCUCAAAGGAAUCCACCAAGGAAGACAUAGCCAUCAAUGGAGAGGUGGAAGGGAAGGAGGAGGAAGAGCAGGAAACAAAAGAGAAAGGUAGUGGGAGAGAAGAGGAGAAAGGGGUUGUCACCAAUGGCCUAGACUUAAGCCCAGCAGAUGAAAAGAAGGGGGGUGAUAAAAGUGAGGAGAAAGUGAUGGUGACCAAAACGAUAGAAAAAAUCACCAGUGAAGGGGGCGAUGGUGCUACCAAAUAUAUCACUAAAUCUGUCACUGUCACUCAAAAGGUCGAAGAGCAUGAGGAGACCUUUGAGGAGAAAUUAGUGUCUUCUAAAAAGGUAGAGAAGGUCACUUCACACGCCAUCGUCAAGGAAGUCUCCCAGGGUGACUAAUCACUUUAGUCUAUUCAAAAGGUUAAGCCAUACGACAAUUUCAAAAUGCAUGUUAAUGACAGCUUUCAACAUAGAACGGGUUCUCCCAUGGGGGUUCCAGACAUUGUAUCUUACAUUGUGCAAUAUGAGGGAACUGCAUGCAAGCUCAGGAUGCUCCCUCCUCCGUCUUUGGGGGGUUCAAAUGCAUGAUACUGUAUGUACCUGGGGAAUUGGCCUAUUUACUAAACUUUUGGAUGGGGUCAUUCACAAGGGGGAAUGUCUUGAGAUGUCUAAUGCAAAGAACAAACUGAGCCAAACAUAAAUGAAUCACAGAACUCUCUUAGCCUUAAGAAAGCUACAAAUGAAUAAUUAAGUUUACCUCACUGGUGCAUUUAAAAUGGACUUUCUUUCAUGGGAGAACCUUGUUGACAUGCAAGUUCAUGCAGUUUGCAACCUUUCGCUGAUCGAUGCUAAACGUCACAGCAGUCCUUGCUCAAUAAAGGUCAUAUUGGAAACA